GGCUCCACAGGGAGGAAAGAUGGCGACCUUACCGCAGUGGAGGCGUUUAGUGUUCUUUGAGAAGGAACCGGUCCGGUUACCGGGAGAAGAUGAGCAACUUCUUAGCUUGCCGCCUGGACUGACUGUUUGCGACUCCGGCCGGGGCAGCUUGUUAUUCGGAGAUAUGACAGGGCAGAUCUGGUUCUUACCACGCUCUCUGCAGCUGACAUCCUUCCAGGCUUACAAACUGCGUGUCACUCACCUUCAUCAGCUGAAGCAGCACAGCAUCCUGGUGUCAGUUGGGGAAGAUGAGGAUGGAAUCAACCCAGUUGUAAAGGUGUGGAACCUAGAAAAGCGGGAUGGAAGUACCCCACUUUGCACUAGAAUCUUCCCGGCUAUUCCGGGCAAUAAACCUACUGUGGUAUCCUGUAUAACCGUCCAUGAGAACCUCAACUUCAUGGCCAUUGGUUUCACAGAUGGCAGUGUGGUCUUAACCAAAGGCGAUAUAACACGGGACCGACAUAGUAAGACACAGAUUCUACAGGAAGGGAAUGAUCCUAUUACAGGGAUGGCUUUCAGGCAGUCGGGCAAAACCACUCACCUAUUUGUGGUCACAACAGGAAGUGUGAGGUCUUAUGACCUGACCCAGAAGGAUUAUCCAUACACCGAUUUAGAUAACCAUGGUUGUGGUCUUCGAUGUUCUACUCUCUCUGAUCCAUCUCAGGACCUCCAGUUUGUGGUUGCUCGUAAUGACUGUGUGUAUCUAUAUCAGCCAGAUGAGAGGGGACCCUGCUUUGCCUUUGAAGGACAGAAACUGAUUGUGCACUGGUAUCGUGGCUAUCUAAUUAUCGUGUCAAGAGACAGGUCGGAAUUUGCUGUUCGAGCAGGCAAUGACAACAUGCCAGAAAGACAGACUCUUACCUUAUACGAUCUAGGGAACAAGUUGAUUGCCUUCAGUUGUAUCCUGGCAGACGUGGUGGAUGUACUGACAGAGUGGGGAUCCUUGUAUGUCCUGACACGAGAUGGAUUUUUGCAUGCAUUACAUGAGAAGGACACGCAAACCAAAUUGGAGAUGCUGUUUAAGAAGAAUCUGUUUGUUUUGGCUAUUUCUCUGGCCAAAAGUCAGCACCUGGACAGCGAUGGUCUCUCCGAAAUCUCCCGCCAGUACGGAGACCACUUAUACAGCAAAGGAGACCAUGAUGGAGCAAUCCAACAAUAUAUUCGAACAAUAGGAAAAUUGGAGCCUUCAUAUGUCAUCAGAAAAUUUCUAGAUGCCCAGAGGAUACAUAAUUUGACAGCUUAUCUUCAGGCUUUGCACCUCCAGUCUUUGGCUAACGCUGAUCACACAACGCUGCUUCUGAACUGUUACACAAAGCUAAAGGACAGUGCCCGUCUCGAGGAAUUUGUCAAGGCAAGUGAAGGAGAAGUUCAUUUUGAUGUGGAAAUAGCAAUUAAGGUUCUUCGGCAGGCUGGGUACCACUCACAUGCGCUCUACUUGGCAGAGAAGCAUGCCCAUCAUGAGUGGUAUCUGAAGAUCCAACUAGAGGACAUUAAGAAUUUCAAUGAAGCUCUGCGAUACAUUGGGCGCCUUCCGUUUGCUCAAGCUGAGAGCAACAUAAAAUGCUAUGGGAAAACACUCAUGCACCAUGUUCCCAAUGAGACCACUCAGCUGCUAAACAGUUUGUGUACUGACUUUCCUCAGCCAACAGAGGGAAACAAGUGCAAUCCAGAAGAAUUUAUCCCAAUCUUUGCCAAUAAUCCCUGCGAGUUGAAGAUAUUUUUAGAACACAUGACACGGGUACAAAACGACUCGCCACAAGGUGUUUAUGAUACAUUGCUUGAGUUACGACUACAGAACUGGGCACAUGAGAGAGACCCUCAGGUGAAGAAACAGCUACAUGAUGAUGCCAUAUCUCUUCUAAAGAGUGGACGCUUCAAGAAUGUGUUUGAUAAAGCUCUUGUUCUGUGUCAGAUGCACAACUUUCAAAAUGGAGUACUUUACCUGUACGAGCAAGGCAAGCUUUUCCAACAGAUAAUGCAUUAUCACAUGCAGAAUGAUCAAUACCAGGAGGUGAUCCAAGCUUGCGAGCGCUAUGGGGAACAGGAGAGCUGCCUGUGGGAACAAGCUCUCAGCUACUUUGCACGCAAGGAGGAAGAUUGCAAGGAGCAUAUAGCCACAGUACUAGGACAUAUUGAAAGUCGGAAUCUCAUGCCACCCCUGCUUGUGGUCCAAACUCUGGCCCAUAACUCUACUGCCACCCUGUCUGUGAUCCGGGAGUACUUGAUCAACAAGAUGCAGAAGCUGAGUCAGAAGACCGAGGAGGAUGAAAAAACCGUGCGUCAGUACAGAGAAGAUACUGCCCGCAUCCGCAAGGAGAUCCAAGAACUCCGAACUAGCCCGAAGAUCUUUCAGAAGACUAAGUGCAGUAUCUGUAGCAGUGGGCUGGAGCUGCCAUCUGUGCACUUUUUGUGUGGCCAUUCCUUCCACCAGCACUGCUUUGAGAGUUAUGCCGAAAGUGACUCUGAAUGCCCAACCUGCUCGCCUGAAAACCACAAGGUUCUGGAUAUGAUCCAGGCCCAAGAGGAGAAAAAGGAUCUGUAUGAACAUUUCCAACACCAGAUGAAAUGCUCCAGUGAUGGAUUCAGUGUGAUAGCAGAUUACUUUGGACGAGGAGUGUUUAACAAACUGACACUGAUCACAGACACACCAGCUGGGAAAGUGAGUACAUCCAAGGAUGCUGGACUACAACGAGAGCUGUUGAUAAAUACCAAGAGAUAUGCUUAAAGAAGUUAAUUUUGAAGAGAAGGAUUCUAUUCAAAAUGGUAUCUAUCUUAACAUGCUCUCUUAUCAUAAGUGGACAAAGGCUAAGCCAACUUCUGUACAUGCACCGGAAACUCCAUCAAAUUCUAGAAGAGACUAGCCGGUCCAGCCUUUAGAGCAAGCCUUGUACAUAAAAAAAAUUAAAAAUGAAGAGGAUGGGCUUUCUCUGAUAAAGCAUGUCCUUUCACAGUUGGGGGUAGUAAAUGCUAAAGAAGAAAUGUUUCCAGCUUGGGAGAAAAGACCUGUGAAGUGGAACAAAGCUCAUAUUUCUCCAAAUCGGUCAACAUUUUGCUUCUUACACUAAAUAACGUUAACUCAUUCCCCAACAAGUACAUCACCAAAUCACUUCUCAAGGAUCUACUUUCAUGUUAUUAGUAACCGUCUGGCCCAUUCUAAGCAACCCUGACAACUUAAGUGAAACUGUUUCACAGGCAAGUGAAUGUGAUGUCAUUGCUAACAUCUUAAAUUAUGUAGAGCUGUGGCCAUCUGGUGCCAGGAAUUAUUGAUGAAUUUGCAACAAACAAAAAAAAUGCACCUGCAGUGGAUCUUCCAUCUUAUAUUUUAGGUAUAACUUAUCAAAGCUACAGUAUACCAUUUGCCUUUUUGGUGUGUUCAACAAAUCAUCAAUCCAGAGUUGCCUGCAUGCCAUUUGUGGUUUCCUAGCAAACUGCAGAUGUUACUUAGAAAUAAAUCACUAACUUUAUAUAUUGAUGAAUAUUGUUGUUUUGUAGAGUUCUGUUAUUGAUGUCCUGCAGGAUUACUUUGGUAAGAAGAUAUGUCCUUAUCUGUGGCCUUGGUUUUGUUUUGUCAAUAUAAAUCAGAAUAUUCCAAGAAAUAAAAACACUUAAGGUAAUACAUUUGCAUUUCAACUGAAAUUAAGUUUUUGAAAUAUUAAACAUUGAGGCCCUUGUUC